ACCUUGCUGCUGAUCAAUUGGUAACAAAUGGGAUGCACUUUGUAGUAAUGUGGUGGAAUACAUCGCAAUGGAUGAAAGACAUAUAAAAUCUGUUGUUGAGGUUACGAAGGUACAGUUCUUUCUUCGUUUGAUGUAAUGUAUGUUAACAUUUGAUAGCACUUACUAGUCUGGCGCAAUUACAAUUCCGCAUCCUCUCUAAUGGCAGGUCUUCAGCAAGCAAAAGUUCCUUUAGAUACUUUCCCACAAUCCCAUCAGUUGAUCGACUCGAAAAACAACUAUGGAUAUUAUCGCAUGAUACAGCAUCAUCGACCUGGGAUUCCCUGGAUGUUUCCUCUGGUAAAAGAAUUUCGUUUGAAUCAACAUAAGUACCAAGUUACACAUGCACAGGCAGCUCUCAUGUUCCCCUUCAAAUCAUGAAUAGCCAGUGUCCGAUGCACUAUGAAACAAGGAGAGUCCAAAGAGGCAAUGGUCCAAAGCGUAUUUGAUGAUCCGAGAGCAGAUAAUAGUCAAGUUCAAGAGAUGAAUAGCGAUGGGAGAGCGAAUGGUUCAUCUGCACAAGCUCUUUUCACUUUCUUGUUACAUCCCUUCCGUUGCUUUUGAAUUCUGAGAGUAGGAAUAUA